CCACCCGGUCAAGUCAUGGUGACCCCCUGCCCCACCAGCCCUGCCAGCCCCACUGCCCAGGCAGGGAGGCGCGACAUCGACCAGAACCUUCGCGCCCCAGUAAAGAAGAGCAGGCGCCCGCGCCUCCGGAGGAAAGAGCCGCUUCAGCCCCGGAACCCCUGCCCGCCCCCGGGAGACUCCGGAGUUUACGACUUGUUCGAGUCCCCCAGCUCCAGUUCGGACCUCACAGACAGCCCUGCCGCGUCAGUGGCGCGAGACUGUAACCUCCUGCCCGGCCCUGCCCAGUCGCUGGCGCCGCUAGAUCUACAAACCUUCCGCGACUACGGCCAGAGCUGCUACGCUUUCCGUAAGGCGCAGGAGAGCCACUUCCAUCCGCGGGAGUCCCUGGCGCAGCAGCCACAAGUGACUGCGGAAUCCCGUUGUAAACUGCUCAGCUGGCUGAUCCCGGUGCACCGCCAAUUCGGCCUUUCCUUCGAGUCACUGUGCCUGACAGUAAACACUCUGGACCGCUUCCUCACCACCACGCCAGUGGCUGCAGACUGCUUCCAGCUGCUCGGAGUCACCUCUCUGCUUAUCGCUUGCAAACAGGUGGAGGUGCACCCGCCGCGCGUGAAACAGCUCCUGGCCCUGUGCUGUGGCGCCUUCUCCCGGCAGCAGCUCUGCAACCUCGAGUGUAUCGUGCUGCACAAGCUGCACUUCAGCCUGGGUGCACCCACCAUCAGCUUCUUCCUGGAGCAUUUCACUCACACCCGCGUGGAGGCCGGACAGGCUGAGGUCUCCGAAGCCCUGGAAGCCCAAGCCCUGGCGCGGGGCGUGGCUGAGCUAAGCCUGGCCGACUAUGCUUUUACCAGCUAUGCUCCUUCCCUGCUGGCCAUCUGUUGCCUGGCGCUGGCGGAUCGCAUGCUGCGGCGACCGCGCCCGGUGGACUUGGGCUUGGGCGAACACCCAGAGGCGGCUCUGCAGGACUGCCUGGGCAAGCUGCAGCUGCUGGUGGCCAUAAACAGUACCUCUCUGACUCACAUGCUGCCCCUCCAGAUUUGCGAGAAGUGCAACCUGUUCCCCCAAGCUUGAAAUAAAGCAGACUCUUGGGUUUAUUUUAUUCCCUGGCCCCGGAGGCUGGACCAAGAUCUUCCAUUGUAUCUGAAGAGUGCAGUAUUGGGAAGAAGGAGAGGAAAGGAGAGGGACUGAUUCAUAGAGAGAGUCAGAGGUUCAGGACUCCUGCUUGCUAUCUUG